AGAGAGAGAGAAAGACAGAGAGAGAGAAAGAGAGAGGGAGAGAGGGGGAGAGAGAGAAACAACAAGUUAUUUACCGAGCCAUGUUUUCCCUGUCGGAGCUGGCGCCUCUGAACCAGCAUCAGAAUCGGAGUAAACUGUUGAAGCCCUGGUGGGAGGUCUUCAUGGACUACUUGGUGGUCCUGAUGCUGAUGGCAUCCGUCCUGGCUUGCACCGAGCAGCUGUCCAGGGACCGAGUGGUGUGCGUGCCAUUGGAUCCACUUGUUACUGCGAAUACCUCAACUAGUGGGGCUGCAUUGAAGCCACCAUUGAAGCCCCAUGUUCAACGCAACAUCGGCCCAAAUCUUCAUUCCACAGCCCGGGGUCGACGCACACACCUGGUCUACCAGCAGUACGUUUACGUAAGCCAGGUGUGCUACCACAAGGCGCUGCCGUUGUACUCCCGCUUCUUCCCCUACAUGGCCAUGCUCCAGUCCCUGGUGCUGGUGGCCAGCGGCUCCUUCUGGCUCCACUUCCCCCACACCUCCGCCCGCAUAGAGCACUUCCUGGCCAUCUUGGCAAAGUGCUGCGAGUCCCCGUGGACCUCCCAGGUCCUGUCUCACGCCGCCCGCCAGGAGAGCAUCCAGGAGAUGGAGGUGGCGGGGAAAAGGCCUCCACCCCGACCUCCGCUCUCCUCAACUUCACCUUCACCCUCGGUGACACGCACACGACGAACGAGCAUCGACUCGGGCACAGACAGCCCGCUCUUGAAGAGGUCCUUUGCCACGCCUCCCUCCCCGUGCCCGUCCACGCUGUCCUGUACCUCCACCCUGUCGUCCACGUCCCAGGUGCACUGUCCUCUUUCCAAGCCCUCAGGCGUGGUCGACAGCCCCAGACAGGUGACUAGUCUGGAUAAAAGUGAUGGGGAGCAGACCAGGGCGCUGUUCGAAAGGGUCAGGAAAUUUAAGUCCCACAGCGAAAGCUCAGAUGUUGUUUAUAAGGUGAGAAAUCCUCUAAUCUAGAGGAUAUCUAUCUACCUACGUAUCUAUCUAUCUAUAUAUCUAUCUAUGUAUCGAUCUGUCUAUCUAUCUAUCUAUGUAUCUAUUUAUCUAUCUAUCUAUCUAUCUAUCUAUCGAUCUAUCUAUCUAUCUACCUACGUAUCUAUCUAUCUAUCUAUCUAUCUAUCUAUCUACCUACGUAUCUAUCUAUCUAUCUAUCUAUCUAUCUAUCUAUCUAUCUAUCUAUCUAUCUACAUAAUAGGAUUGAGUGUAAUUCUGUGUUUUGGUUGGCUAUAAUCUGUUUUUGUCUGUGCCCUACUUAGCUCUCUACGGCAGUACUCCUUCCACUCACUGAAGGAGUUGCGCUCCCUGCGAGAUGUUCCCGACCUGAGAAACGACCUUGCCUUUCUCUUACAUAUGUUAGACCAGUACGACCCUCUGCUGGCCCAGCGUCUGUCCGUUUUCCUGUCCCCGGUGAGCGAGAGCAGGCUGCUGGAGGAGAGCGUGGAGAGGCGCUGGGGCGAGGAGAAGCUGCGCGCCAUGACCAGCGUGGAUGCAGACGGCUGCUGCAGACUGCAGCUGCUGGCCCUGCCUCGCCUCCCUCCGGCCCUCUUCACCCUCAGCCAGCUUCAGGUCCUCAAACUGGAGCUCAUCGCAGACGCCAGGUUUACUGCGCAGGUGGCCAACAUGACAUCACUCAGGGAGCUCCACCUCUAUCACUGCGCAGCAGCGGUGGAUCCCAGUGCACUUGGAGUCCUCCAGGAUCGUCUGGAGAUCCUCCACCUCAACUUCACCCAAGCGUCAGAGAUCCCCAGCUGGGUCCUCUCCCUCCACAACCUGCAUGAGCUCCACCUCUCUGGCCGCCUAAACAGCGAUGGCGGCGUGGGCCGCAGCUGGGCUUUGGGCAGCCUCCGCCAACUACGUCACCUCCGCGUGCUGGUGAUCCGAGGCAUGUUGCAGCGGAUCCCCGUGGAGCUGUGUGAGGUGACGGGCAGCUUGGUGAGGCUGGACAUCCACAACGAGGGAACCAGGCUGCUGGUGCUGACAGGCUUGAAGCGGAUGGUCGACCUGACCGAGUUGCUGCUGCAGGACUGCCGGUUGGAGCGUCUGCCCUCCGCCCUGCUGGCUCUCACCAACCUGCGGACACUAGACCUGCAGCACAACAACCUAAGGACUCUGGAGGAAUUGCUCAGCCUGGCUCAUCUGCGACGUCUGUCUUGCCUCAGACUCGCCUGUAACCGUGUUCUGGCGUUGCCGGCAUGUAUCGGCGUGCUGCGAGGCCUGGAGCUCCUGGAUCUAUCCAACAACCAGCUCCAGAGCCUCCCCCCGGCGCUCUUCACGCUCCGCCGCCUACAGAGGCUCCUGCUGGCCGGGAACCUGCUGGGGGUGCUGCCUGCGGAGGUGAAGGAGCUGAAGCUGCUCACUGAGCUGGACCUCAGCGGGAACCGGGUGGAGAGCCUCCCCCCGCAGCUCUUCAGCAGCUGUUUGGAGCUGCACAUCCUCAACGUGGCUCACAACUCUCUCGGCUCGUUACCCGCGGGGAUCGCAGCUUUAACUCGGCUCUGCAGGUUGGACCUGCGCAGCAACAGUCUGGAGGAACUGCCCGCUGAGUUAGGCUGCUGUACAGGGCUGCAUGGAGGCGGUCUCCUGGUGGAGGACUGGCUGUUCCUGUCUCUGCCGCCCCAGGUCAGGGACGUCCUGAGCCGUUCUGGCCCCCACUCUGGCUCGUACCCAGAGAGUCGUUCAAGACCAGAGUCUGACAGUUUCCCGUACUUCUCUCCUACGCAGUGGAGCUUCUCUUCUGCUCUGGAAUCACAGAUUUAACGACUCGUUCUCACUCCCAACUCCUCAAAUAUGAACGCCUGGGCAGCGUCUCUCGGCGUCUCUCAGCGUCUCCCAGCGUCUCCCAGCGUCUCUCGGCGUCUCUCAGCGUCUCCCAGCGUCUCCCAGCGUCUCUCAGCGUCUCCCAGCGUCUCUCGGCAUCUCUCAGCGUCUCCCAGCGUCUCCCAGCGUCUCUCGGCGUCUCUCAGCGUCUCCCAGCGUCUCUCAGCGUCUCCCAGCGUCAGAGACGACGAUUCAGCGCCUGUGUGGAACACACCUGGGCAACGUAGCAGCUCCACGGCGCUGUAACAUGACGUGGUAUUAAUAUUUGAGUUCAGAAAAGCAGAAAUUAUGAAUUAUUU